GUGACACUACAUGGUCGGAUUCAGAGUGUUCGCAAACAGGGGAAGAAGCUGAUGUUUCUUCAAAUCGGGGCUAUGGAUCAUAUUGUCCAUGCCUGUAUUGAGCAUAGCUUCCUUGGGACGGACGAGGCCUUUGAGACAGCGCAAAGUGGCCUCGUUGGUGCUACAAAAGGCAGCUAUGUCGAAGUAGAAGGUAUGCCUCGACUUUCUGCAAAGGGGAGACUCCAGCUUAUGGCACGCCGCGUCAAGCUUCUCAGCACCUGUCUGCAUAGAGUCCCAGAGCACUAUACCGACAUCCAAAAGCGCAUGCGGCACAGACAUAUAGACUUUAUGGUCAAUGUUCAAUCAAAGCAAACGAUGCUUACGCGGAGCAAAAUUGUACACAGGAUUCGAAGUAUCUUGCAUGAUCGUGACUUUGUCGAAGUCGAGACGCCUGUGCUACAAGCAUCCGCGUCCGGUGCUGCAGCCAGACCUUUCACAACAAAAGCAACCAUUGAUCGAGACUUGCAACUCAAGAUUGCGCCUGAGCUGGCCUUGAAGCGUGCUGUGGUGGGCGGUCUGCUCCGUGUGUUUGAGCUUGGCAAAUGCUUUCGGAAUGAGCGCUUGAGUCCUCGCCACAACCCAGAGUUCACCACAUGCGAAUACUACGAAGCAUUUGGUACACUUGAAAAGCUCAUCACUGACACCCAGACAAUGCUCAGGGACAUUGAACAGGUAGUCCGGAAGGAUAGCCCUAGCGAUGCACCUCUCAUCUUCGAACACUUUCAACAGCUCGACUUUGUCAAGACGCUUGAACAAUGCCUAGGCGAAACCCUACCGCGUACACAAUUGGACCUUCUCGAUCUCUUUGCUAGACACAAUUUGACAUUGCCAACUGAGACGACUAUCCCUGAGCUGCUCGAUUCGCUCGCUGGUCUCUAUCUCGAGCCUUUGUGCCAACAGCCAACCUUUCUGGUCAACCAUCCAGCUGAACUAUCUUCACUAGCGAAAUCGACAGAUGGGAUAUCACAUCGCUUCGAGCUGAUAGUCAAUGGUGUCGAGCUCAUCAAUGCAUACGAAGAGGAAAACGACCCACUACUUCAACGCGUCAAGUUUGAGGCUCAAGCAAAAGCUAGUGGUCGAACAGGCUUGACGGCUGAUGAAGACGACUACUGCAAAGUUCUUGAGUGGGGCAUGCCUCCAACUGCCGGUUGGGGUCUUGGCGUAGAUCGUUUGUGUAUGCUGUUGUGCGGACAAACAAGGAUUAACGAGGUGUUGCUUGAUGGGGGUAUU